AAAUAUAUUGAGGAGUCUAUUACAGGCAUAGGAAGCAAGAUUGUAGACACAAAAUUUGAACCCGGCUAUGGUAAAAAUCUAACAUAUACCGUCGACUCUCACACUGGAGAUAUACUGGUAGCUAUAACUGGAGAUAAACCCAUAAUAGGAGACGCAAUUGGUCCCAGUGGAAGUCGGCCUUAUACAGAACACAUAGUAUCAGGAAAAAAUGAAAUGGCGGUGGCGAAGGUGACGGGUGCGAUGCCAGGAGAACACGUCGUGCCGGUCGGAAAAGGGAAUGUUCACAUGGGUGUCAAGGUACUCGGGACAGGAGUUAAACUUGAGACAGUUAAAAUACUUGGAAUGAAGGGUGAAGUUAUCGAGGAACUAAAAUUAGAACUAGUCGAUGAAAAAACGCAAUUCUACCGGACACCGUCAUUUAGCCCACCGUCUACUAUGUUUAGUGUAACUAUAAAUGGAUAUGACAUCAAUACUAAAUCGCCAGUGACGAGAAAAAGUCCAACACCUAUAUCUAGACAAGAUUUGUCCACAGAGGAAAAAGUUGAAACAGCACCAGUAGUAACGAUUGAUGGUGACUCGUCAAUAACUCUAUACGAUGAUGAUCCGUUAGAACUGACUUGUAAAGUUCACGCUUACCCCGAACCAGAUAUAAAAUGGGUGGAUAAGGAAUCUGGGAAUGCAAUUCUUGCUGAGACGAACAUCUUCGAAUUACCCUAUGAUUAUAUCAGUAUUUUAAAAAUAGACAAGGCAACCAAAAAUGCCACUUACGAAUGUAAAGCCAACAAUCGCAAUGGAAACGACGUUAAAGGCGUAGAAGUUAUGGCAAAAAGGAGAUUCUAUUUUUAUAUAAUCGAAUCUCCUAAAGAUAUUCGUAUAGAAUAUGCCAAAGAAGGUAAACUUGUUUGCAAGGUAUAUGCCUACCCAUCUGCGACUAUAAACUGGUAUAAAGAUGCAAAACCUUUGUCUAGUAGCAGCCGUAUUGAGAUAUCCAAAGAUCAGACAGUGGUGACCUUGAAAGACAUGCAACCAGGUAUGGAAGGAAAGUUCAUGUGUGAAGCAAGAAAUGAUAAAGAGAGGAAAGUAUUUUAUUCCAACGUUGAAAUAUUUGGUGUAGAAAAACCUGUUAUCGAUAAGACAAUAAACGAAAUCCGUGUCACAGAGAAAACAAAUGGCGAAUUAUCUUGCAGAAUUCUUAAGGGGAUCCCGAAACCAACUAUAGUCUGGUCCUUCCUAGGUUCGGGUACAAAAAUGUAUUUGAAACAAACUGGAGAGACCAUACAGUUGAAAAAUGCUCACAGAGGCCAAAGUGGCCUGUACACAUGUACAGCAAAAAACGUCUUGGGAUCUGAUAAUCACAACACAGAAUUGAUAGUAGAAUAUCCACCACGCAUAAAAAGUGAUGUAAAGGAAAUGAAGAUUUUGGAUGGCGAUAUAGCGAAGUUGCCAUGUGACGUGGAUGGAGUGCCAGCGCCAACGGUAUACUGGACAUUCAAUGGAAUCAAUGUAACAAGUACUUGGAGAACUCAAAUUACUACCGAUUAUAGUCUAAUAAUCAAAACCACUGUAGCUGACACUGGGCAUUAUGUUUGCCACGCAGAUAAUAAGAUUGGAAAAGAUGAAAGAAAAAUUAUUCUAAAAAUACAUCAAAAACCCGUUAUCGAUAAAUCAGUUGCCGAAAUCCGUGUCAGAGAGAAAUCAUAUGGCAAAUUGUCUUGUAGAAUUCUUAAGGGGAUCCCGAAACCAACUAUAAUCUGGUCCUUCCGAGGUUCGGGUACAAAAAAGUAUUUGAAACAAACUGGAGAGACCAUACAGUUGAAAAAAGCUCACAGAGGCCAAAGUGGCCUGUACACAUGUACAGCGAAAAACGUCGAGGGAUCGGAUACUCACAACACAGAAUUGAUAGUAGAAUAUCGACCACGCAUAAAAAGGGGUGUAAAGGUAAUGAAGAUUGUGGAUGGCGAUAAAGCAAAGUUGACAUGUGACGUGGAUGGAGUGCCAGCGCCAACGGUAUACUGGACAUUCAAUGGUAUUGAAGUAACAAAUACUUGGAAAACUGAAAUUACUACCGAUUACAAUUUAAUAAUCAAAACCACUUUACGUGACACUGGAAAUUAUGUGUGCCAUGCAAAAAAUAAGCUUGGGAAAGAUGAACGCAAAGUUUUCCUACAAGUAUACAUUCCAGUGACCAUUGUGGAACCAAAAUCAAAUAUGGUUGAGACCAUGGUUGGCGAGAGAAAGGUACUAAGCUGCACCGCUAUGGGGUACCCCGAACCAGACAUAAAAUGGACUUUCCACAAGACCUUUGAUGCUCCUGGCACUGAUGUCACGUCUUUUAUGUACCCUUCACUACUACUACGGAGACUGCAGCUGAACCAACAAGGUUUUUACACUUGCCUCGCUGAAAAUUCAAUUAGUGGAUCAGCGAGUAUAACUUACGAAGUCAAAGUGUAUGCACCACCAGUUAUAGAAAAUGUGUAUCCAAGUAAAGAGUUUGAAGCGGUUGAUGGAGACAUGAUGCUUAGGAUUCAGUGCCACGCUACCGGCAGCCCCACACCUACCAUUACUUGGCUGAGAAACGGUGACAGAGUGGCUUUAGGGUAUGGCUGGUUCGACGUGGAGGCUGAUGGUACUUUACUCAUCAAAAAUAUAAACCGUGCUAAUGCUGGUGUAUACACGUGUCAGGCAAAAAAUAAAUUAGGUGAAGCCCGUGCCGUGUACACCGUGGUUGUAAAAGAUUUUGUGUACGUGGCACCCUCAAAUACUUUAUAUGUACAGGAAGGUUAUCCCGUUAAUAUCAAAUGCGAAAUACCAUACGGACCCAUGGAUCAACUGCGUUGGUUUAAGGACAAUAAAUUGUGGAUAACAACAGAUGAUAUAUAUUUAUCAUAUGCAACUGUGAGUGAUGGUGGAGUGUAUACUUGCCGUGUGUCCAAUUUCCUCAAAACACGAUUUAUAGCCACUAAACUAGUGGUUGGAAAUAAACCGAAAUUCAUUAGUCCCGAAGUAGAAGAAAUAAUAGAUUUUGUCUACGAAUCGUCCGGGUUUUUGAACAUGAAUUGCGAAGCUUAUUGCGAGCCGCUUACGGUACCUAUGCACGCAAAGUGGACUCACGACGGCGUGGCUAUGGAUAAUACUGACAUGUCCUUGAUAUUAGGAAUGAAAUUAGGAGCUACAGGAAUUUACGAAUGUGAGGUCAGCAAUAAGUUUGGCAGCAUACGUCGAUCCUUUAAUGUCACGUCCCCAGAUUGCCUCUUGGACAUCAAAAAAUCUUUCGUAGGAAAACAUCCCAUUAUGUUUUCAUCAUCUGGUGGGUGGUCUGUUUUCCCGAUAAAAGAAAAAUACAUGAUAAUACCAAAUAAAGGUUACUUUUAUAUGAGAUGCCCUUCAGGAUCCGUCAACCCGGAACUCUCACUAUAUUCCAAAACUAUGGUAACUUGUGAACGAGAUAAUAUAGUAAAAAUAGCCGGAAAGCCUUACAAUUUUGCAGAUUUACAAUGUAAUAAUGAAGUGAGACCUGACUUGGAAAAAACAGAAAAAGAAUGUUUUGGUGAUAAUACAGAAUCUAUGAAAGUAGGGUUUUGGGCACAGGGUAAUUUUUGGACACCGGGUAAUUUUUUCAUGGAGGUAUAUAGUGUCUGUUUUGACAAAAAGAAUGAUGUUCCUUUGUACACAAAGCAUAAAUUGUCUCCUCAGCAUACAGAUAUUCCUUCAACCUCUCAAUGGUACAGCUCUUCUGAUACAUCUGCUAAAGAGUUCGAGGAGUUGUACAAUUGUAGAAGGCAACUGUAUGAUGUCGGUAUAGCUUUGGGAAGAGGAUUACGUUCUAUGUCUUGCUGCUUUGGAAGAAGACAACUCGUCAAUCCACGGGAUUUGCUUCCCGGUAUACCAGUGACAGCGACUUUCGAGUAUAAAAAUGUUGUUCCACAUUGGAGUUCUUGCAAUUCAACGAAUUGGGACGAAUUGGAAGCAUUGGUAAGGCAGUUGGCAAAGCAAGCCGGUCGUAACCUGACCGUGUUUACAGGCACUUCAAACGGAAAUCAUAGCAAAACGUCGGUAGAUAUUGAAAUUAAAAUUGAAAUCAAUGGCCGAGACAGACACCAAAAAAUUCCACGAUACUUGUGGAAGGUGGUUCAAGAUCCAGAUAAGGAUUCAGCAGUUGCAAUAAUACAAGUGAAUAUACCAGAGUUAACUCAAAAAGAAGCAGAGAAGCAUGUUCUGUGUCCAGAUAUUUGUUUUGACAUUGAAUGGAUGCAGGGCCCAGAAUGGGAUAAUGCAGACAACGGCUACACCUACUGCUGUACCAUGGAAGAUUUCAAACGCGCUUUCGGAUACACUAGCCUCCAUAUUCCCAGCAUGACACAACUCCUCGUUGAUGCCAGUAGCUAGGCAAGGCUUCAUUUUUACACAAGGUUACCGGGUGCCGGGUGGUUUGCACCCGUUCGUGUUUUUUGGCGGCUUUAGUUUCAACCCAUGUCUACACAAGCUGCUAAAAAGAGAUCAGUUUUGAAUAAAACAGUUCGAAAUAAACAUGCAACUUCUCCGAGCUCUCGACAGUCACUUGUGAACGCGAAACAGGGUUUACCCGCUAACACUACCUCACCGGGUUCGUGUUAGCAGCAGCUUCUGAUACGCGGGCAUCUUAAUGAUUUUAGAAAUAAUGUUGAAACAGUAUUUAUGAAAUCUAAUUUUGUUGAACCUAUAUCAGUUUGUAAUAAUAGGGUAGAUGACUAAUUUUUAUUUUAAUGUCCGUCUUGUAGAUUAGGUAAUUUAAAAUAUUAGACACGUAUUUUUUAUUUACUUACGGAAACAAAUACUUUCGAAGAUAUAUUCAUUUGAAAUAUCGCGUGACGUCACAUUUGAGUACGUUUUAUACUGAAUAGUGACGUAGUUAGCUUCUACUCCUAAACUUUGAUUCGUAUUAUUUAAGUAUGACAAAAUAAAAAAUACGUGUCUAAUAUUUUUUCAUUACCUAACUGACGGACUAAUUGGAUUUUUAAUUUUCAUACCCAGUCAUCAUCCCUAUUGUACUGAACUAUACAGUUGAGUGUAAAUAUAUGAUAGUCUUCCGCGGCGGUCUUAUUUUGAUCUUCUUAGUCAAAUUUAUUUAUUUUUGUUGUAAAUAAAAAUACUUGAUUGAUAUUAAUAAAUUUGAUGAAUUAAAUGCAAAACGAUUUUAGAUUAAGGUUAUCGUCGCUUUUAUCAAUCAAAUAUUAAUGACAAAUAUUAAUGUUACACGUGUUAUUUUGAUUUAACCAUUAAAGAUAGAAAUAUGCUGGUA